CCCUACCACCACGACCACGACGACCCCGCCCGUUGCUCCUGUCGCAACCACUACCACGCCGCAGCAAGGCCCUGUUGGGGCUCCACCCGCGUCCACCGCAGCAGGUCCAACAGUAUACACUUACACGACAACCAAUGCCGAAGGCGCCACUAUUGGCGUGGUGGACACCUUCACACCGAUAUUUGCUCCGUCUACACCGUAUACGCCUGUUAGUACUGGUACCGUUCUGCAGUACAGCCAAUGGCUCAGCAUGGUCGGCGGCACCAGUGCUGCCGCAGCAGCAGCUAAUGAGCUAAGCAGCGGCUCCCAGUCUCUCAGCCUAAGUGGGAGCUGGCUUUUCACCGCAACCGGAUGCCUGGCAGGAAUCAUGACGGGCGUGUGGGUAGUUCUCGCAUGAGAGCUGUCGUUACGUACUUUAUCGUUUAGCUCUCGCUUCUUGUUUUGCACGUCGUGAUAUCGGACCUUUCAAGGACGCAGUAUGUUAGCAUACUUGUCACCGCACUACGAACAGUGUAGUAUUGCUGGGGACUUGUCACUUUAUUCUACUUUGCCCAUACUUUUGUGGCGCUGAAUCACAGAUCGCCUCAUUCCGUGAUCGCGGCCUCACUGCGUAAACUUGGACUACAUCGAGUUUGUGAUACCCCGCGCUCGUCGAACUACAUAAACAAUAACCCUCUCGGGACCCCAUCUUGUCGCAUGGUAUCAACAAAGGCCCCAGAGGUUGCUAUCGCCUAUGUCUUCGAUUCAUCUGUUGACCUCGCCAAUGAAUGGGGGCGUGUUCAGCCAACAUUGUCUGGACAGUAUAUGCAACAUUUCAUUGCACGUUUGCGCGAAGGUCAUCCUGACCUACAGACACAUCACAUCGCACUGGUCUGCUAUGCCUCCUCGUCCACUCGUCCGUCGCCGUUACUAGCAAAGACAUAUUUCACUUCUUUGCAAAAUUUGUUCAAGGCAAAAGACCCUUCCACCUGUGGAGCUGGUCAGACAAGUAGGGGUGGCGGUCGCGGGAUGGCGGUACUAGAAGGUCUCGUGGCUGCGAUUGAGCUAUUUGACGUUUUAACGGACUACCCAAAGAGUGCUGCCUCCAAAAACCCUGCUCUCCAGAACCUCAUCAAGCACAUUGUUCAUGUAACAGCAUGUAACCCGGACUCUGCAGAGCGGCCGACGUGGAAUGUAAAUCCUGCGCUAGAUCAGCUUACAUGGGAGGCGCUACCCUCAGAAUUAAAGAAGAGGGAGAUCAACUACAACCUCAUCAACCUGAGGCCAUGUCAGAAGCUGGAAGACUUUCAUACUGCGGUUGCAGGUCCGCUGGCCCAGACACCGUGGUUUACGCUCAGGCCCCAGCACACUGCGCGGCUAAUGGGGUUCCCUGCGCCUUCUCCGAAGACCCCACAGGGUGUCAAAAGGGCCAUAGAAAGCGGACCUAGUCCUGAAGUCAAACGUGUUCGGACCUCAAAUCAGGCCUCCCCCAGCACGACCAACUCACCGACUCCUGGAGCUGCUAUCGCGCGGCCCGGCAUCACCACCACUCAACCGUCUGUCUCACCGCAGUUGAACGUUGCUGCUCAGCCGUCAAGCGGCCCACAAAAGGCGGCCUCGACUCCACAAUCUGACGUAACGGCGGUUCUUCAGAAUGUCGAUAUGGAGAAGAUGCAAAAGUUGGUCCUCCGGGUCCAGGCUUUGGAAGCAGAUCUGAAGCCCAAGGAAGAGAUCGCGCGUAACUUGGAAGCUGCCGGGAAAGUUGAAGAGGCAAGGCUCUACCGACAGGAGCACAUCCUUCCAAUACGGACUAAUACGGAAAAGCUGAAAGGCAUCGUGAGAACAGUAAUGGCAGUGAAAGCGAACGAAAAGGCCGGUAAACCUCAGACGACGUCUGCAGGGGGUGCGGAUGACUCCUCAGCGUCCCAGCCGCCCCCUCCCCCGCCAAGCGGCGCAGGCGGCCUCGUUUCUAACACCGCAUCUUCCGCCGCCCAGGUCAACACUCUCAUGGAUACGCCGAGUCUUUCAAAUGCCAGGCCAAUAUCUCAGCCGCAGUUGUCGACACAGACAUCUCCUGUGCCACUUCCAGGACCUCCACUGCCGUCGGGCACCUCUCCUCAGGUGGCGGCGCAAAUGCGAAAGCUCAUUGAGCAGCAGAAUCGCACGCCUCGAAUACCCUCCGCUGCUUCAGGUCUUUCCACCAAUGCUAACAUGCAGCCCACGCUACUGGGGAUGGGAGCCAUACGGCCUAACAUCUGGCGGGGGACCUUGACGUGGAAAGGAUUUGAUGCUACGUCACACGUCCGUCGUGAGCUGCAAGCCACCGUACAUAUACAGUUCAAGACUGCGCCAGAGGGCCUGGCGGCUUGGCCUCAUGCUCUUGGGCUUACCCCAGCACCGCCUGCAGUUCCACCGCUCAUGCUGCAAGAAUGGGCCAAAGCACAUCAGAAUCAACCGUUCGCUGGUAUAAUUACUGUCAAUGAGAGUGCCGAUGCGCAAGUGAAUACAGAGAACUUCAGGAGUCUAGUGCGGUUGCUUCAGGAUAGGAAUAUUUACGCAAUGGCGGCGUGGCAAGGGCUGGACGGUACAGUAAAAAAUCGACUUCUUCUAUUCGUCAAUCAGGGCAAGCUCCUGGCCUUCUACUUCGCGGCUGGAGUACCUGAAUUACCCAAGACGAAUCUUCCUCAGCAACAGCAACAGCAACAGCCGCAACCGCAACCGCAGCCAGCAGCCAAUAAUUUGAACCAGGCCAUGCUCAAGCUCUACCACGAUCUGCCUAACGAGCAGAGAGCAUUGUUGAACCAACUUCCCCCCGACAAACUGAAGACCGCUCUCCAACAGCUGUUUAUGACACGAAUGGUCACUCUCCGGCAACAGCAACAACAACAGCAGCAGCAGAAUCAGCAACUGCAACAGGCGCAGCAGCAGGCGUACAUGGGCACUAUGGCCGGCGUGCCCGGCGGACAGGCCUCUCAGCAGAUGAGCGCACCUAUGAGUAUGCCCAACGCUUUCGCAGGACGGCCAUCCGCUGGAUUCCAGGCCGGACAGCAGAUGGCCGGGGCGAGCACGAUGAUGAACUUUGGUCAACCGCAGAUGCCUACGAACGGCGUAAAUGCACCGAAUUCUUUGGGCGGCUUGUCGUUCGGCGGAAUGCGCCAGCGGAUGUCGGGUAGUGGCGGUGCAGCAGGGGCUGCUAUGCCCAAUCUCUCUGCCGGCGUGCUCCAGUCGUUCAUGCAGCGAAAUCAGGAUGGGGCGAAUGCAGGGAUGUGAGGACGGCUGUAUUUAUGCUAGUGAUUGCUGAGGCACGUGCCGGUUUCCACGUGAGAAUAGACGCCGG